AAAAAAGAGGCAUACUGUCCACUUUGCACGCACUUCCUCGUCACCGCCAUCAUGCUCUUCGAAGACGACACCGAGAUGGUUAUUACCCACCCUACCGAGUUGGCUAGCACUCUUCUCGUUGAGGAGUAUCCGUCCGAGGCCGAGGUCAAGACAAGGUCCGAUGACAGGCUCCAGCCGCCCAGCAAAACCUCUGCCACUCUCACCCAAUCAAGCAUCCCCAGCACUGAGGCUCAAGACCGGAGUGCAUCCGGUCUGUCUGGUGACGGCUUUGCGCUUGCCUCGUCUGCCGACGACACAGCCGCUGCCGGUACCGGGCUGUUUCCCGGAAACUGGUCGGCCGUCGGAUUGGAGGGUACCUAUUCAUGGGCAUCUGGACAGACCGAGGGCAGGACGGACAUGUCUUGGUGGUGAGUGUGCCUGCCAGUGUCUUGACUCUGCGGUAUUGUGGGCUGUAAUACGCACCAAGACUGAACACAAAAGCGGCUACAAUAGCAAUCCUUUAACCAGCGCAGACUGUCUUGGUUCUGCUCGAACGGGCCGUACAUGGGCCAUCCCGCGCGGCGGUCGGUGCAAGGGGGAGGGCAAGCCGAAGAAACAGAACAAAUCCCGCCGCCAGCUGCUUUGGGGAGAUGACGAACCGUAUCCGUAUCCGCCGAGGAGGAAUCGCAGGUUCUCGGGGUCUGGCGAUAUGGAGGUGUCAGCAAUGGUGCCACGAGGAACGGGAGUGUGAGUGGGUGGGUCGACAGAAUUGUGGUUGAGUUUGUUUCAGGCAUGCUAUUGCCCCUUUUUGCUUCCUUGCG